ACCUGCGCAUAACUCCGCCCAGCUUCCGCCCCUUUUCAUCUGGUCACAUGUUCUUCAGUCUUUCAUAUAUCGGUUGAUUAACUGCUGCACCUCAUUUGUUCCCUGUUAAGCUUCUUCACAGAAGCUUCAGUCGGCAGAACAACAGCAGCUUCAAACAUGUCAGUGAAGGUUGCCGUAGUAACAGGAAGCAACAAGGGCAUCGGAUUGGCCAUCGUCCGAGCGCUCUGCAAGCAGUACCAGGGUGACGUUUACCUCACAUCCAGAGACGUUGGUCGUGGUGAGGAAGCCGUGAAGUCUUUGUCCUCUGAGGGCCUGAAUCCAAAGUUUCAUCAGCUGGACAUCAAUGAUGUGAGCAGCAUCACAGCUGCAGCAGCUUUCUUCAAAGAGAAAUACGGAGGAGUCGAUGUCCUCAUCAAUAACGCCGCAAUCGCAUUCAAAAUGGCAGACCAGACUCCGUUUGCUGUCCAGGCUGACGUGACCCUGAAGACGAACUUCUUCGCCACCAGAGACAUGCUGACUCACUUCCUGCCGCUCAUCAAAGCUGGAGGUCGUGUUGUGAACGUCUCCAGCUUCGUCGGUGUUCGUACUUUGAACAACUGCAGUCCAGCUCUGCAGCAGCGAUUUCGCAGCGAGGACAUAACGGAGGAUGAGCUGGUCGGACUGAUGCAGAGAUUCGUUGCCGAGACCCAGAAAGGGAAACACAAGGAAGACGGCUGGCCGGAAACAGCGUACGGAGUGUCGAAAACUGGCCUCACGACUUUGUCCAUGAUUCAGGCUCGUCGUCUGUCCAAGGAGCGGCCAAAUGAUGGGAUCCUGCUGAACGCCUGCUGUCCAGGGUGGGUUCGCACCGACAUGGCGGGUGACAAAGCCCCAAAGUCACCAGAUGAGGGCGCCAUCACUCCGGUGUAUCUGGCCCUGCUGCCUCCUGGAGCCACAGAGCCUCAUGGGAAGUUUGUUUCUGACAAAGAGGUUCAGACGUGGUGAAAAUAUUCAAGAAAACUCAGGGUGCAACUAUCUCAAUCUCAAUCUCAUCUUAAGCAGCUAAUUUUCACAAAACUUUGAUGCAAAGUAUUUUUUUACCCCUGAAAAGUAACACAAUAUGGCUACAGAACAAGCAAUAACAUAAUUCUCAAGCAGUUUUUCUUCAUUUGUGGGCAGUUUCAGCACUUGAUUGUAUUAAAACUAAAAUAUUAUUUCAGGAUAUUCUACUAAUUUGUGAGCAACAAGUGUGUGAUUGUGCAUCUGUCUGCUGAGUUAACAGAGUUAACAAAAUUAAGUGCUGUUUUCAUAAAAUGAUUCAUAUUCAGUUUGUAUGUUACAUGGAAAAACAGAAUUUGCCUUAACCAGAAUGCAUUGUUUGCUACAAUAUAAAGCUUUAACAUUGAGAUGUUAGAAUGAUUUCAUGUCAGAGCAUUAAAUGAACUUUAAAAAUCAGAAGGACUAUCUUAAAAUGUGGAUGAACAAGUACAAUGAAACACACUACACUGCAAUGUGAAAUGAUUUUGAUAAUUCAUUGAAUAAAAGUAUAACUGCA